CUGGAGGGUGGACACAGCGUGGAGCAGUGAUGUCAACAACGGUCAGUGGGUCAGCCUUUCAUGAGAAUAAUCCUAAUUCACAGCUGUAACCGAACACUGUGCUAGCAGAAGAUUACCGGGCUCGUUUCGUGUCAGCAGGUUUAUUAUUACACCUUGUGCUGAAGGUUUGAGGAUUAAAGAGACGAGAAACAACUAACGGUAGCGCAUGUCAGCUAGUGCUAGCAAGCUAGCGGCGAGAGGAUGAUGAGGGUAGUGUUGUUAAGCUGAAACAGAGCAAAUACAUGUCAGAACGAUUCUGUGUGAGAGGAUGGAUGAGUGUUUCACAUUAUAAACGAGGGCUGUUACUGCAUGCAUGAAACUCAUCUAAAAAAAAAAGAGAGGAACUGGUUCUACUGGAUGAUGCUAUCUGUGGCACCCUGCAUGCUGACGUUGAGAGAACGUAACAAACCAUGAUCACCACGGAGGCAGCAAGAGACUUCCAGGCCAAAGAGCGCAAGUACAAAGAGCAGCUGAGGAGAUGCUUAUCUUCAGCUCUGUCAGCAGACCUUAACAGGUUGCUGCAGGAGGAGCUGGAGGCUGAUGUUUCUCUGUUUGCUGCCUCGGGCUCCCUUCGAGCACACAGAGCUGUGCUGUUGGCCAGAGCUCCUCAUGUUCUCCGUGGACACCCCCACAAAGAUGCCACCAUCAUUCAUCUGCCUGACUGCGAGCAGUCCAGGCUGAAAGAUUUCCUCAGGCGAGUGUACACAGCAGACCAGAGCACGCGCUCCAAUGAAAUCAGCCCAGACGUGGAGGGCUUAGUGCCAGGAAUGACUCUGUCUGUUCCCGACACAACAGACCUCCAGAUUUCCACUGACUCAGACACUGGUCUUGAGCCAGCCUCAGGCCUCGGAGCUGACCUGCUGCAUCUGUACCAGAGAGGAGAGCAGUGUGACAUCACCAUCCAAGUAGCAGAGCAGGUCUUCUCCUGCCACAGGGCAAUCCUGUGUGCACGGUCGCAGUACUUCCGAGCCAUGCUGAGCGGGAGUUGGAUGGAGAGCUCCAGACAGUGCAUCACUCUGCAAGGUUUGGGGCCAGAUGAGAUGGAGAUCCUGCUCCAGUUCAUGUAUGGGGCCAUUGUGGAUCUACCGCCUGGAGCCAGUGCCAGUCAGGUGGUGUUGGCAGCAGACAUGCUGGGUUUGGAAGGGCUGAAAGACGUUGUGGAGAUGGUUCUGACCAGAGACUACUGCCGUUUCUUCCCCAAGCCGAGUGACGGGGUUCAGAGAACAGUUCUCGAGUGCCUGUCCCUCACUCACGCCUUAAACCUCCAGAAGCUCCACAUACUGUGUAAGAGGUGGGUUUCUGAACAUUUCAUGAAGACCUGGUGUGAGAGAAACUUUUCCCUCUUGUCUCCUGAGCUCCAAAGAGCCUGUCUAAGCGCUGUAAUGGAAACCAUGACUGUGCAGAACGCAGUAACAAUGCUCUGUGGUACUGAGCAAUUGCUUGGCAGUCUCCCAGAAGUCAAGUGGGCCCAACAGGUUCGGAGUCUCGCCACUGAGCUGCAGGAGGAGAGCCUCGCUGUCAUUGUUCAGCAUCUCCCCAGAGUGAUUCACACUCAGGCCUUCUGGGACCUUCACAGGAGGGAAGAGUUUACUCGAGAACCCACGUUAUUGAAGAAGCUAUGUUCUGCCAUUAGAGAAGGUGUGACUGUGGAUAACUGCUGUGACCUUUACUCUGCUGUGUACCUUCUGUGUGGAGAGGACAUGGAGGACGACUCUCACCUGGAGCUGAGAGGCGACAAACAAGAGGAGCCGUUCAGGCGAGAGAUUUGUACGCUACGUGGUCGGCUGUGGACCUUCCUGCUCCAGACCUUUUAUGCGGUCCGCCACACGCAGGGAUGGGAGACUCUUUCUUCCAAACACAGAGAAAAGAUACUUGCAGAUGCUAUCGAUAAAGGGGACAACCGAAGACUCGGUAAAAAGCCUGUUUUCACUAGCUCACAGUCAAGGCCUGUAAAAUGCCCUUCAUCUGCACCUGAGAGCCCCCCUGUGCACAGGACGCAGAGGGUGUCUGAACACACAGGUUUUGCCUCCCGUAGUGCUGCAUCAGCCAUGAAGUCUGAUGGGCUUGGGACAGCAAACAAACCAGGAGAGGGUCACACUUCCAAAGCAAAGAAUGUAAAGAAACCAGGAGACAGGAGUGCAGCAGCAAAAGCAAAGACAACAACAGCUGGAGCACCAGUUGUCAAUGGCACAGGAGCUGCAGGGGCCAGACGGGAUGUUGCAGGUGCCAAUGGCUCCAGAAGCUCUCAUGGCGUUAAGGAGCAGGAAAAGAAACCAAACCCAGGUGCACGGCCUAAAACGUCUCCCCCAAGCUGCACAUCUACAAGUCUUACUGUAUCAAUGAAGGCACAGAAGAGCUCAGCAGGAAAGUCUGACGCUGCUGGCACCACCCAAGCUCAGCCCAGCGCUUCACCCUCAUCAGGCAGCGUCUCGCCAGAGAAUGGUGCCAGCAGCCCUCGCAAUGACACCCACUCCAUCCCAGGAGCAAAGCCCAAACACCAGGCCAAGGCAGUAAACAAAUCCCCACUGACAAAACCUCACCAGAAAUCAGAUACAGCUAAGACCAGCAGUCCUACCAAUAAGUCGAGUGUGAGAGAGAGUGGCAAAGUCAAGACUGGUGACAAAACAUCAGCCGGUGUGACAGGAGCGAGAGCAGACACCAAAGGAAGAGGCACAACAGACCACCACAUCCCCAAGCAUGGAUCCUCCCUGAAAAAGCCAGCUUCCCCCAGGAAAGAAGACGGAAAGGAUGGCUUGAAACCCUCAGCAUCAGAUAAAACAGCGAGUGAAGCUCCCAAAAAGAAGAUCACAAAACCCACUUCAGCGACUGGAGCCUCGGCUAAAUCCAGCACUAAACCAACAAAGCUCUCUCCAGCCCCCUCCAAACAAUCUGCUGCUGUAGCUGCCAAGUCUGGACCAAAGCCAAAAAGUAGUACAGACUUAUCUACAGAGAAAGCUUCUCCAAAAUAUGGAGCUACUGCCAAAACCUCAGCUUCUGCUGCCUCCAAGAAAUCAGGAACUAAAGGGAAGGAGGCCGUGAAUGGCAAAAGUUUAGAAUGUAAAUCUGAGGCGGCUGAAAACACUGUUGAAGUCGGGGUUCAUAAAGAUAGUACAGAGGUAGCGCUUUCUAACCAGGCUGUGGGGGAUUCGCUUAGCUCUCAGCAGACUCCUCAGAACACUGACAAACAGUCAGAUGACAUUAGUUGUGCAGAUGUGGAGGCCAGUGCUGAACCAGCGGCUUGCAACAUCCCUGAUGUCCAAUCUGUUAAACCAGGCACCUUCAAACAGCCUCCAAGUAGUGUCAACAAAGCUCGCAUCAGCGGAGGACAAGGUCAUGAGGUCCGCUCCCCAAACUCCCCAAAAGACUCUGAGCGACCCGUAGACACCCCCUGCAGUGUAGGAAGCACUGACACUCCCUUAGAGGAUUCGUGGAGCGGCAUCCACCAUCAAGUCAGCCCAGAGUCUGAGACCUGCAGCACACACACCACCUCCUCUGACGACAUCAAGCCCCGCUCAGAGGAUUACGACGCCGGAGGCUCGCAGGAUGACGACUGCUCCAACGACAGAGGGGUUUCCAAGUGUGGUACCAGUCGCUGUCACGACUUCCUGGGUCGCAGUAGUAGUGACACCAGCACUCCAGAGGAGUUAAAGAUGUACGAAGGCGGAGCAGGACUGAGAGUGGAGGUGCGGAUGCGAGGGCGGGAAGCAGAGACCACCAGCGAGGAGGAGGGAGUGAGACAGCGUCCUCGUUCCUGGUUGCACAGGGAGGAGGUGCCCGUGGAGGAGGAGCACUCGGAGGUAGAGGCUACUGUGACUGUGAAGAGUGUCCCCGAACCCCAGCUGUUCUCCUCUGAGGAUGAAGAGGAAGAGGAAGAUGAGGAGGCAACAGAGGAUGAGAGGUCGGAGGUUGAGGUGAUCCCAGGUCAGGCUCAGCCGCCGCCAACGGAACCCUCACCACACUAUCAGGGGAUUGUCAAUCUAGCUUUUGAUGACGAUGGAGGGGAGCAGGAGAACGACCAGCCCGACUAUCAGUCCACCUCUAACUUCCGGCGGUCAGUGCUGCUCUCUGUCGACGAGUGUGAGGAGUUGGGCUCAGAGGAGGGUGGAGUCCAAACUCCGCCUCAACAGCCUGAUGACGCUCUGACUCCCUGUGAUGUUUUCGAGUCUGACUCCGUGACUCCUCAGUCUAAUUGUGUCCCUUCCGCUGACCAACAGAACCACCUUGAGAGUGAAGUUAUGAAGCACAAACAACAGGAUGAAGAACAGGAAGAAAAAUCCUCCAUAUUUCUUACAGAGAUUCAGGAACCAGUGAGGGAGGAGAAUGUACACAUCCAGGUUGAUGGAGUAAAGUCAAGCGGUCCCGUCCCUGACUCUGACAUCAGAGACCUCCCUCCCCAGGAGCGCCCAUGCCACCUGGAUCUGCAGCACACUGAACAAUACAACGGAGGCCCGCGCAGAAAUCACGUCUCAGAAGGCAAGAAAGCUGACUUACAUCUAGACUUAAAUGAGCCUCAGCUAACAGGGGACUCUCCUGUUCAUGCUGCACAAUCUCCAGCAGGGGACAAUGGUUGUGACAGAUUGGAUCAAAGCUGCAAACAUGACCGUCGACCAUCCAAAGCCCUCUCUCCCAUUUACGAGAUGGAUGUGGGAGAAGCCUUUGAGCACUGCUCGGACAAGGACAGGAAUGUUAAACUGAAGGAAGAGGAAGAAAAGCUAAGAGGGGGCCAUGACAAAGGCAGUGAGUUUGCAGAAAGCGACUGGAGCCUGCUCAGGCAACUCCUCUCAGAUCACGAGUCCAAUCUGGGUGUCAUAAACCCCGUACCUGAGGAGCUCAACUUGGCCCAGUACCUUAUCAAACAGACUCUGUCCCUCUCACGUGACUGCUUGGACUCGCAGGCCUUCCUGUCCCCAGAGAAGGAGACCUUCAAACGCUGGGCGGAGCUCAUCUCACCCAUGGAUGACUCCUCCACCAGCAUCACAGUGACCAGCUUCUCCCCAGAAGACGCUGCAUCUCCACAGGGGGAGUGGACCAUCGUGGAGCUGGAAACACAUCAUUAACUGCACAGAGGGGAGCCUGCCGGACAGUCGACGCCUUCUCAAUGAACACUAAAAGUCUUUACAUCAAGUUUGUCUUAAUUUAUUAUAAUUUAUCUGUCUCUUUAUUUGCACUCUGCAACACCCUGAGCUUUGCAGCAGCUUAUUUGCUUUCCCAUGACGCCCUAUGGACCGUUUCUUGACACAGAUGGGCUGUUCUGCAUGCUGAUUUUUUGUAUGUGUUGAAUUGACGUUGAUUCAAAUCUCUAGAAAAGAUAAGGCGUGAGAAAAAUUCAUUUUCAUGGCAGUGUUCAAAUGAUAUGAUUGAAGUUUCUUAAAGAAAAAUAGUAUCAGCCCAAUGGCUUGCAUUUAAUGUCAUACUGAAAAUAAAGAUAUGUGUUUCUGGAAAAAUU